GCGUUAGAACCAAGCAUUCGCUUCCACUUCCACAUUCGGCCUCGUUUGAAUUAUGUAACUCGAAGAUAGCCGCAGACUUCUCCUAGUGGUCGUCUAUGUUAACCUAUGCAUAUAUUCCACUGCGGUGAAAUGUGGGUAAGCGUGUUACAUAUACCUACUCAACUAUAUUCCAGGUCGCUGCUGGCCGAGCCGUUUCAUUUGGGGGGACAGGCCAAGACUCACGUUUACCGAAAGUUAAGGUAAUGCUGGAGAGUCCGAUGCAGAAUACAACUUAGGGGUCAAUCGAAAGUUUUUGAUUGCAAACCUUAGUAGCCAUGCGUAGCUACGUCAGAUGGGAAAUCCGCAUACGUGUCCGAGUAUUCUUCGUUUCUAUAUCAACCUCCUAUCUUCAUUUAGAACAGGGCCGUUGAUAUCUUACCCUGAGCUACACUUAUACCUAACUAUAUAUGGAAUAUAAUUUUCAACGGUAGAGGCGGCUGACUACCAGUCAAUCAUAUCACAAUUAGCCCCAAUCAACUCAUCAAGACCAUCGAGACCUCUAGGGGUCCUCCUACACCCAAUGGAUCGCCAAAAUAGCACGGCGACAACCCUAACACAGGAAACACCUCCGCCGCCUUACACUCAAUACCUAGGCGAAGAGGAAGUCGACGAAGAUUUCGAAGGAGAAGCUGGGGAUGCAGAAGAAGUUUCUUCCCAAUCUAGCAAAGGGCUAGCUCAACCCCAUCCUCCCAUACAACCGGCAAUACAUACGACGAGUGCGUUUCCGACAACGUGGGGCCUCUACCGCUUGCUGUCAAGGAGUCGACUGCUCAUGAUCGUCUGCCGCGAACGUGGACCCCUUUUCGCCGUUUCAAGACACACGGGAUGGUGGCACAAACUUCCGGACCUCAUAUUGCAUCGUGGACCGUGUAGGACACUUCCGGCCCUAGCUGCAGGAAGGGGGGGAGUUGGGGUAGGGAGGCAUUCUACUAUCGUGCUCCCGCCAUUGCCAGGAUCCGGACAAAACGCCUCUCAAGAGAUUCUGCAGCGGGUGGAAAUGCCACCCGAGGAAGGGCAAUCAGGACCACAAGUACGAUUUCAGUUCACGAUCGAGGUCGGCCUUCAACCCGAACAAUGGAAACGCGAGACGUUUGAGUGGCGAUAUGACGAUGGCGAGUUCAUCGCCGUCUUCUUAGAGGGUGCGAAGUCUGGGUGGAAACUAGUGCGUCUGGCCGACGAGGCAGAAAGUAGCGAUUACGACGGGCCGGAGCCAGGUCCCAGACAGGAGAUUGUAGCAGUGUGGGCAUACACCAGGAGGAGCUUAACCAAGGUUCUCAAGUUUCGAUGCCUCGGCACCGGAGCCUCGGGCGACUUUGGGGAAAGAUGGACCAUCAUGGCAGCUAUGACGGCGCUGCGGAUGUAUCAGCGUCAGCAAAAGAAUAAGCAUAAGGAUUGGUAAAGGGGCUUGUUAACCAAUCGACCCCCCCAAAACGCCGCCCAUUUUCUGAAACGGCCUAGCUUUAUUCAAGAGGACGAUAUCAUCACGAAAACCUUAUACGAACCUUGACUCAACGGGACGGUACCAUAGCGUUGCAAAUGUUUUACGUGGCCUAGGGAACAUGGCCUACAAGACAA